UAACAAGCAACAGCUAGAGACCAACAUGCAGGUACUGGGUUAGAGAAAUGUAGACCAAUCCUGGGACAUAAAAACAUGUAGACCUUUAUAUGUAAGUUUAAAAAAAAAAACUGUAAAGGUUUGUUUAUGUUAAAAUCCUCUUGUUUCUCUUAAUCAGCCAUGGGUUCUAUGGAGUUACAAAUAUGAAUACUUGCACUUCACAGUAACUAGUAAACAGCAAGCAAAUAGUAAAUUGCAAAGCCAACCAGGAAAUGGUUUAUGACUAUAGUUGAUAUUUAUUAGGAGUGUAAUCAGAUGAUUUAGUUUAAAGCGUCAAUUUAAAAGGCAAUGAUUUAACUUAAGCGAAGCACCAAUCCAUUAAAAAAAAAAAUCAUUUACAAUAUAAUUGACCAUAAAUAGAUUGUUAUCAACUAAAAUGUAUUUUAAAACAAUUAUUAUAGAAAAAGGACAGACAGGUGGUGUGUAAAAAAAAUAUUUAGAUCUUUAACUGGUGUGUAAAUAUGCUAGCAAGGUGACUGAAUCUCUGAUACUUAUAUAGUCCUAGUAGAAUUUUACAUAGUUGUCCAUGUCAUGCACUCUUUAGACAGUCCCUGAAUGACAGGGCUGUACUGCAUGCCACUUUAUUAUAUUCAUUUUGCAUCUGUACUCUAUUUUAACAAUACAUAGAGUAGUCUAUAGUCUAAGUAGAAUUUUUCGCAAUUGUCCACGUCAUGCACUUUUUAGCUGGUCGCUUACUGACUGGGCUGUACUGCAUGCCAUCAGAUAUCUGGCACAGUAGUCUAUAUUAUGUAAGUAGAAUUUUACAUAGUUCUCCAAGUCAUGCACUUUUUAGAUGGUCCCUUAAUGACUCCAUUAAUACAGUACAACGCUCCUUGGCUGCUUGGUAACAGCAAAGCUUCACGCCAUGACACAAGGACUAGUCUUACUUACUGUACCCAGCUCUUUGGGUUCCAUACAACAUAGAGAAAAAUACGUGCAAAAAUGCAGAACAGCUCAUUUUUUGACAGCAUCAAAUCCCAAAUACCCUCCCCUGAUUUCGGUUCAUCAUCCUCGUCAGACAACGAAGAGGAAAUAUCUAUUUAUCAGAGACCAUCAGUCUUCAAGUUGCCUGAUGGGACAGAUGUUAACCUGGACUACCUGUCAUUGGAGGAAUUGGGAAUUGAGGAUGUCCUCAAACCAAUAACUCAGCCAUUCACAGACGUCUCUGAUAAUGGCUUAAACAACCAGGAAGAUGACGUUACACCUCAGCUCCCUGUAGAGAAUAGAGACCAUUUAACUCAAGUUGCUACAGGUUUCGAAUUUGAAACGCCUACUGUCAUCGCAACGGAACCAGAAAAACUCGCCAAGAAAUCUGAGGACCCUCCAAAAGCACUUACUCUUGUGCAGCAUCAGAUAAAGAGCAACUUAGACACGAAGGUUGCUGUAGGACACUCAUUAUCAGAGUGUACAAAUCCUAAAAGUGAACGAUUUCUCCAGAUGCCUGUAGAAGUCUGUAAAACAGACAAUUCUGUAGAAAGGAAAGAAAAGAUACAUACACAGUCAUGCCCUGUUUUGUCUUUGAAACCUCUAGAGAACUGGGAUCUGGAUCUGGUACUGCAGUCUCUUAAACGACAUGGCCAUCACAAACAAACUACUAAAGAAGAAAAACUGGACUUGAAUCAGCUAUUUAAAUAUACAGAUAAUAGCAGAAAAAGACCAGAAGUUAAAAUAAUGGAGCAGUUGGCUGCUUUCUGCAUGAGGCAGGCAUGUAAGGAUACAGAGACAAUCAGUGUAUCUAAACAAAGUUCUAGUAGACCUACGAGGCCAUCUAAGAAAAGUCCUACAACCACAAGAAGGACUAUUGGACAGAGAGAUGAUUCCAUCUGGAGGUUACAUCUGAAAAAUGAGGAUCCUCCCACUAUAUACAUUGAUUUGCGCAACACAGAGCAACAGACAAAAUCAACAGAUAUUUGUAACACAUCCACACACGCACAGGAGGAUCUACCAAAGAUGCUUUCUGGGAAAAGUUUAUUACUCCAAAAAAUAAAAGAGGCAAACCAAAGGCCAGCAAGCUCUUUCAAAAGGAAAAUCCCUGAAGAUUCUGCCAAGCCUGCAAAGGAAAUGACCUCUGGAGUAGUGGAAACUUGGCAUAGAUGUGUAAAUGUACCUGCUAAUAAACAGCUGAGUGGACCAUCCCCCAUUACAACUGCAUGUGAUGAGUCUAUAGCAUUGACAGAUAAAACACUAACAGCAGCAGCUGAGCCACAAAAGGAUGAAAGUGACAACAUGCAGAAGGAACGGCAGAAGAACAGAGCGCAGCGGCAACAGUAUCUGAAGUAUCUACUCACCUUCAGGCCACAGCAAUCCACAAAGAGAAAGCAGAGUGCUGCUGAGAUGACUGAUAUAAUUUAUGAUAUUGAUGGGUCUUAUCUUCCAUCAGUUAGCACCCUGCCUUCCUACCUCAAAUGCAGAGAGUGUUUGCUUUUAAUGGUGCCUCUCUUGAGCCCUGGUGUGGUGGCAGGACAAGCAAAAGGAAAGGCACAGACCGUGGAGUCAACAGCACUCGGAUCUCAUGUUUAUAAUUCGCUCAUAGCGUGGUUCAUGUCAUUGGCCAAACCCAGCAGCUGUAGCACAGAGGACAGUGUGACAAACAGUGCUCCAUUUUGCAUCACUGGGCUGCAACAGUUCUGGAAGGAUGAUUCCUUAGUACUUUACAUUUGCGCUGUGCCUCCUGAAGAAAGCAGGUCUCCACGCACAAAACUUCGGUGGAAGAACAUGAAGAGGGGCUGGACAUCAUUCGGUCAGCGAGUGUCAAAAUUCCUGGCUCAGACUCAGCUGAGGACAGUGGCAUCCUGGCUGCCAGAGCUUAACCACCUACUGGAAAAGCAAACUCAUCCUUCAGUUGUCUCUUUGCCCUCUUCAAGGCUUGAAUGCUUUGUCUCAAUUAGCCCUGACAAAGAGGCUGUCAGGAAGACCUUUGGAACAAAUCCUGGCUUCUACUGGCAGACACUCAACAUUCAAGAACAAAUAUGUCAGUGGGCAGAGGCCACGUCUUCUCAGCAGCCUCACACUGAGGUAGUGUUGGCUUUGGUGUACCAGGCAAUGUUUCAUAACCCACUGGCAACACAUCAUACCCUUCAGCUUCUGUUUAGCUCAGGCGUGGAUGUGUGUGGCCUCCGCCUCACCUUCCCUUCUAAAGAACUCCUAGCAAACUAUGCAGUGCUUGGAACGAGUGGGCAGAGAUGGGUUACCCAGCAGCCAUUGCUUGCCAUGGCUAUCCGUGGUCCUUAUGCUAGGGCUCUGUGGCAAGAGAUCACUGGGCCCUCAGACCCCAUGCUGGCACGCAGGACUGACCCAGCUUCUAUUAAUGCCCUUCACUGCCAUAGCCGAGAGCGUACACUGUUCCACUCCCCACGCUUGGCCAGUCUUGUUCAUUUGGGUUUGUGUGUGUGGUUUGGUGGGAGACUGCCAAAUAAUGAUCACAGGAUGACUGCCAAGGUUCAGGGUUCAAGUGAUAGCAGAGACACAGCCUCUUCACCUGCAAUGCUUUGUGCCACAGUAAAAGCGGAUGUCUUUCUACUCGUAUCUCCAGUGGUUCCACCAUGCUGUUACAGCUAUGUGCUGGCUUCAUGUGCAAAGAAAGGCUUCCAGUUGAUGGGGCUGCAGAGAGUACAGAUUUCCAAUAUAAGAGCUUCAUCCCUAGGCCUCAACACUGAGCAGAUGUCGACGUUCUGUCAUGCAUCUGUAAUGAGCAUAGAUGAAGCACUGCUUGAGCCCUUCUCUCACUGCCUGGUGCUGUUGUUGAGGAGAGAGAAUGCACUCCGCCACUCUGCCAACCUGCCUACAGGUUUGAUGAACGAGCUGGCUUUGCAAGGUUUAGUGGGACUGCUCCGUACCAGACUGCCAGGCAGUGUUCACCUCAAAUCAGAUCUCUGCUUUCAUGCUGUACCUUAUAUGGAAGAGCUCUUCAACUUUCUCGGACACCACAUGUGGACAAUACCAGACUUCAGCCCUGUGGUCCUUUCAAAGCACAGGUAUCCUUCAUGCAGUGAGGCUGAGCAGAUUGUGAUUCUCACACUGACUGGUCAUAUCAUGGAGAAGGGCAUGAGUCUGCUUCACAAGGUUCUCAGGGGAAAUCAAUCAGGAGGAGUGGGUGAGGACAGAUUUGAGUUGUUGGCACUGAAAUGGCUGCCCACGCUGUCCUGGCAGCAGGCACAGGAGCUGAGCCCUUUCGAGGUCAGUGAGCGCCAGUGGCGCAGCAGCGUGGUAAGCCUGGUAUCUUCCCCGGCUCUUGUCUGUGCCAUUAGAAGGCCGCAGGCAUUCAGAAAAAUGCAAAGACUUUUAUCACAAGACUACCCUGGAGAUCUGAGUGUCCUGAUGUCGACCACCCCUGAAAUGGCCUUCAGACAAGCCACCCUUUUCUUUACCGAGACACAGCUGAUCCCAGAUCACAGUAGCCGAAUUAUAUUUAAAUUCCUUCCACCUCCAAACAUAGGCUCUGCAAGUCAGUCCUUGUUCAGCUACAUGACAGAAGGAUCGCAGCCUCUUCUCACUUUGGCACUGUUCAAGCCUGGUGUCUGGGGUCAUUACUUGGGCAAAAUUCUCAGCAAGAUCCAGCAAAACAGCUUCACUUUAGUGGGCUUGCACAUGCUUGUACUUAGCUCAAAGAUGGCAAACACACUGAUGAAUGUAUCAGAAAACCAGGCUUUAAUAAAUGGAAAACGUCCUUGUGAGCCUUCUGAGAGAGACUCAGAAUUUAAGUACCUGACAUCAGGACCUGUACUGGCGUUAUGCCUACAGAGGGUUAAUGCCGUUAAGAGGCUUCUGGAGUUGUUGGGCCCUGAGGAUCCAGCUCAAGCACGGACUGAAGAUCUCCACGUCUGGAGGGCCAGCUAUGGCACUGACAGAUUGCGUAAUGGCAUCUAUGGAUCAGUUUCUUAUCAACAGGCUGUGCAGGAUGUAAAGAUGAUGUUCCCAGAAGGUCUAUGCUGCACAGAAACAUUAAUCAUGAAGCAUGAGCAGAUACCCUGUUUGAGAUCAGACCCAGUAGCUAGUUUGAAACGGCAACAGUCUCAUACCAUCACUAACUCAGCCAAAAACAAGCUCCUCCAGUCUCUCAUGGAGAAAUCAGAAUUGAUCAGAGCUGGGUGCUCAGUGCGCAGUGCUCUCUGCCAGACCACGUGCCUCAUCAUGCCCUCGUGUGUACUCCAGAUGAGCCGCCCACCUCUUCACCUGGACCUGCUGCAACGACUGCUAAGCUCAGGCUGCCACGUGGUGGCCGGGAGACUCUGCUCACUAGACCAAACCCAAAUAACUCAACUAUCUCUGUUCCUGAUGCCCACCAGCACUGGAGAACCUCUUCUGUGUGAGGGACCAUGUCUUGUUCUUGCUCUGCAGAUGGACAACAUUGUGACAUGCUUUGACUUGAUUCUUGAAAGGAUUUGUCGGGACAUGCCAGACUUUGAGAAAGUAAGGAAGAUGCUUCUUUACCCCGGCACUGAAACUGAGGCAGUGAAGUUACUCUGCUACCUGUUUGAUGUUCUCUCUCCUGACAGUCACCACAGCAUAGUGGCAUGAUAAUCUGCAUUAUGUAACUGCACUAUCAGUCAGGGAAUAUUCUGUUACUUAAAUUUAGCUAUAAAUAGCAUAGCAAAAGGUGUAUUUAAUGUUGUGCAUAUAACCAAGGUUUUUUCAGGUUGUGUAUUAAAACUGCUUGAAGUGA